AUGAGUAUCCUCAUGUCAAACUUCGUACUUGGUCUUUUCUCCACUUCAGGUCUUGCGGGUGAUGUCAACGACUGCUUCGAUGCAUGGAAGGCCAUAUCCAUGACCAUCUCCCCUAGCGAAACCACUCCAGCUCGCAGUGGCGUGGUGCUCCAGGAAGAGAACGCCAUUCUAUCAACCUCUAUUGCUGCCCUCUCGAGCCUACAUACUUCUUAUGUUAAUGUUGUGGUCCCCAGCUCCGUAUCCCAAAGCAGCUCUUUUAACACCGGUGCUUGCUCUGAGACAGCGCCCUGCACUGGCGAUAUCACAUACUACGACACUGCCACCACCGCAUCCAAUCCCAGUUUCUGUGGUACGACGAACAAUGGUUUGACCGAGUUCGUGGUCGCACUGCCCCAUGGUAUCAUCACAAACUCUGAUUGUGGGAAGACAGUGACUGUCACGUACAAAGGUAUAACCAAGACUGGUCAAGUUGUGGAUAAGUGUGUAGGUUGCGACAACACCUCAGUCGAUUUGUCUCGGGCUUUCUUCGAAGCUCUGGCGGGAUCUCUUGAUGCGGGCCGCAUCUCCGGUGUCAAGUGGUAUAUCAAUUGA